AUGGGCCAAUCCAUUGGAAGUCUGUUCCCGCUUCGGUGGCGACUCUGGCUGGGCAAACUGCUUUUCCCGCCCCUCGGCCCUUCUACAUACAGAGUCAGCUGGCAUCGCGUAAUCAAGGGACCAUGCGAUCCCACCGAAGUCGAGGCCAUGAAUUACGUCGCCGCGCACACCACGGUUCCGGUGCCCAAAAUCUAUGCUGUGCAUAACGAGGGUCACUUUACCUACAUUGAGAUGGAAUUUAUUUGUGGUGAAACCUUGGAGGAAGCGUGGGAGCAUCUGUCAAAAGGCCAGAUGAUGGCCAUCUUUGACGAUCUCAAAAACCACUUGUCGAGCCUCCGCGCGCUGCAGCCUCCAAAACAGGGCAUGGUCUCGUCUGCGCUCCAGAACCCGGCGUUUGACUGCCGCAUUGGCUUUCGCUUCUUUGGACCCGUAAGCCACGACGGCUUUCACUCACUUACGCGAGGGCAUUUAAUCAUGGAAGAUGUCGAGCCGUUUCUUGGCCCGGAAGUAGCAAAGACGCACACGGGCAGCUAUGCAACGUACUUUACCCACGCAGAUCUAGCGCCAAGGAAUAUCAUGGUGCGAAACGGACGUAUUAUAGCCAUCAUUGACUGGGCUUUUGCGGGAUGGUAUCCGGAGUAUUGGGAAUAUACAAAGGUGCACUAUAAUAUGUUUAUGGGUCAAGAUGUUUGGGUGGAAUAUAUGCGUCUUAUCUUGCCUGGCUAUGAGACGGAACUUGCAGCGGAGCGAAUCCUUUGGAGAAGGCUACCGGAGCCGGGGACGAUUUCUGGCACAUUCUCCAAUCCCCACGUUCAUACCAAGGGUUCGACUCCUUCCGCAGAAUGGUUGAGGAAAAGAGCUGGUCUCAAAUCAAAAGACUUGUGGUCUCUUGCCUUGGCUAGAGGAAAUUAUGACACUACUGUCGUAACCUAG